AUGGCUGACCAGGAAUACAACGCCGAGGAGGCUGCCGAGCUUAAGAGAAAGAGAGCGUUCCGCAAGUUUUCGUACCGCGGUAUCGACCUUGACCAGCUCCUGGACCUCUCCUCCGAGCAGCUCCGCGAUGUUGUCCACGCCCGUGCCCGUCGCAGGUUCAACCGUGGUCUCAAGCGCAAGCCCAUGGGUCUGAUCAAGAAGCUCCGCAAGGCCAAGCAGGAGGCUCGCCCCAACGAGAAGCCCGACCUUGUCAAGACUCACCUCCGUGACAUGAUUGUCGUCCCCGAGAUGAUCGGCAGCGUCAUCGGCAUCUACUCCGGCAAGGAGUUCAACCAGGUCGAGAUCAAGCCUGAGAUGGUUGGCCACUACCUGGCUGAGUUCUCUAUCUCCUACAAGCCCGUCAAGCACGGUAGGCCCGGUAUUGGUGCCACCCACUCCUCGCGUUUCAUUCCCCUCAAGUAA